ACGGAACAACGGCUCUACUCACAAUUACUCCGACUUUCAUAUUGCCCCGGAGUAGAAUAGAACAUAAACACCAGAUGCCUCAUCCAAAAUAAGUAUCGCAUUCCCUUAUUCUCGACUUAGUCCAUCCAAAUCCAUCAAAAUGCCCAACUCCCAAUCAGUCUUCCUAAUCGGCCCCGGCUUCGUCGGCUGGAACGUCCUCGACCUCCUCCUCGCCGAAGGCUACCCCAUCUCCGCCCUCGUCCGGCGCCCAGCACACGCAGCGCAAAUCGCAAAAUCUGGCGUCACCCCCAUCAUCGGCGACCUCGACGACCACGCCCUGAUCAGCGCCCACACCGCAAGCCACGACAUCACGAUCCACACCGCGACGGCCGACCACGUGCCCUCGGUCGCGGCCGUCAUCGCCGGCAUCCAGCAGCGCAAGCGCGAGGGCAAGAAAACCAUCUUCAUCCACACGAGCGGCACCGGCGUGCUGGACGACGGCGCGUGGGGCGCGUUCAAAGGCGAUAAGAUCUACUACGACAACGAGCCCGCGGCCAUCGACGCGCUGCCGGACACCGCGGCGCACCGGGACGUGGAUCUGACGAUUGUGAGGGCGAGCAAGGAGAUUGGCGAGGCGGCGAAGAUGGUUAUUAUGAUCCCGCCCGAGAUCUAUGGGUUCAAUCCCGCGCAUCGGCGGCUGACGGUCCAGCUGCCUAUGAUCGCGCGGUUGGCGCUGAAGCGGGGGUGGGUCGGGCAUGUGGGGAAGGGGUUGGCGGUGGAGUCGCAGGUGCAUGUGCUGGACCUCGCGAGGGCGUAUGUGGUGCUCUUGCAUCAUAUGGAGAGGACGCCGAGCGAGGAGUUUUUGGCGAAUCCGUACUUUUUCUGUGAGAAUGGGAGAGAGUUUAGCUGGAAGGAGGUUGCGGAGCAUAUUGGAGAGGCGCUGUAUGAGAAGGGCUUGAUUAAGGAUAAGACGCCUAGGACUUUUGGGGAGGAGGAUUAUGGGGAGCUGUGGGGAGAGGCUACCGGGAAUGUUUUUGGCUUGAACUCCCGGAGUCGGGCGGUGAGGUUGAGGGAAUUGGGAUGGGAGCCCAGGGAGAAGAGUAUCUGGGAAAGCUUCAAAGACGAUGAGUUACCAGAAAUACUCAAAGGAGAAGGGCUUGACGGGUUUGCAUGGAAAUACUCCGCAUCUCAAAGCACCGAAUGAUGCACCACAAGAAAAAACUAAUUUUUCAAAGAAUGCAAUUAGGCUUCCAAAUCUGCUUUCCAAAUUCGCGAUUCAUAAUUCUAGAGUGCGAAAGAUGCAAUAAAGAUGCAAUAGUAAGCCGACUCAGCUAGAAAUCCUAUAGAUGGACUUUACUCCUGCGGAGUCUGCUGCUUCAUC